AUGGGUUCAAAGAGAAAGAGACCAUCCUCUGCGGGUCUGUCACAAAAAGCGAAUAAAAAAAAAGGAACUUCAUUGCUUACAAUAAAAGAAAUUCAAGAGUAUGGAGACCAGAUUAUCAGUUCAAAAAAGUAUAACAGUUUUGUUCCUUUAAUCAAACAGUUACAAGAUGUCAUAGAAUCCUUAGGUACCACAGCGAACGAGGAAUAUGAGAUGUGUGGCCGUAAGAUUGCUUUAGUGCUAUUCCAAUGUUUUCAAAAGGUUGCUAAAGACCAUAUGUUGGUGAGCAAAAAGUCUUACGAUGAAAAUAAAUCUUUAAUAGUGAAGUGGCUUAUAGAAAAAUAUCAAUCAUUCAAAGAUAUAUUACUUCGUCUUCUAAAGUAUAAAUUGACUUACCUGACUUCCUUGCAGAUUGAUGCAUUAGAGCUCUAUUUAAAUUUGAUUAAAGUUGAAAGCCACUUUUUAAAGCCUAGCGUCCACGAAUUUUACUUCCCUACAUCAACAUACCAGAGUCUUGUAUUAGCUCUUCUACAGAGCCAAAAUGGUGAUAUAGUUGCGGAUGGAUCUUCCGAUAAUUUUUGCAUCAUAGAGUUUAUUGAAAUAUUCAAAGAUUAUUGGGAUUUGCAAUUCUAUUUGAAUAAGAGUUUGGAGCAGGUGCUCUCUGAAUGGAAUUCCAAUAAAAAUAAAGAAGAGUUGAGGUUAAUAUUUGCAAACUAUUAUUCCAUAAUAAAAGUCCCAUUACUAUUCAAAGAGAGCUCUGAUGAGUUAAAAGUACAGAAGACUUGGAUUGAAUCAGAACUUCCAUCCAUUGCCUACAAGUCUUCAAGUUUCAAAUCAAAUUACCAGAACAGUCUUUUAACCUUAUUAUCCUUCCCUUUGACAUCCCUGCAAUAUAAAGGAAUUCUUUUAAUCUUACAUAAGCGGAUUAUCCCAUAUUUGACAAAACCUGAACGUUUGAUGGACUUCUUGACGGAUUCAUAUGAUGCACAAGAUGAUGCAAUAGUACCCAUUCUUGCUUUGAAUUCUCUAUAUGAAUUGAUGAAACGCUAUAAUUUGGAAUAUCCUGACUUUUAUACAAAGCUAUACUCUUUACUUACUCCGGAUCUUUUGAGUACACGGUACAGGUCAAGGUUUUUUAGAUUGUGUGAUCUUUUUCUUUCAUCUACUCAUUUGUCAUCCAAAUUGAUUGCAUCCUUCAUAAAGAGGCUUUCUCGUUUAUCCUUGACGGCAAGCGCUCCCAGUAUUGUUAUAAUAAUACCAUUUGUAUAUAACUUGUUGAGAAGACACCCUUCUUGCAUGGUAUUGAUCCAUAACAUUGCUUCAAGCAAAGCAACUUCUUAUACUGACCCAUAUGACAAUCAAGAGACGAACCCGCUCCAAACAAAGGCGAUGGACUCUUCUUUAUGGGAACUCGAGACAAUAAUGUCUCAUUAUCAUCCCAACAUUGCAACACUUGCGAAGAUAUUUGGUGAACCGUUCAGGAAGAAUAGCUACAACAUGGAGGACUUUUUAGAUUGGAGUUAUGUGACUUUGCUCGAAAGCGAAAAGACAAGAAACUAUAAAGGACUAGUAGCCCUAGAAUUUGAAAGUUUUGACAAGUUGUUUGUCGAUGAAGAUGAGAGUGUUGCUACUAGUAGUUAUGUUACAAAUUGGUCCUUAUAG